AUGGGCGAGAUUGAUGCUGUAGGCGACUGUCGUCUGUUGCUGUUUCGUUGCUCUUCUGCCCAAAGGCCAAUAAAACUGUCAGCAGCCAUCUUAACCACUGCUCCUUGCCGAUUGCUUGUAGUCUUCAAGAUCAGUGCAUCUGACCACAAGCCAGACAACUUCAUGCGCGUCAAGCCCCAUGCAAGAAAGAGCACAGGCGGCAGGAAGCCGCACUGGGUCCCCCACCCAAGAACACCCCAAAUGAGAAAGGGAGACCCCCCGACACCUGCCUCUACGCCGUCAACGCCACAGUCUUCUACUUCAUCACCUUCUUCUUCUUCUUCUUCAUCUUCUUUCUACACAGCUUCAUCUUCUCUGCGCGAAGCAGGAAGGCCCAUUCAAAUGCAGCGGGAAAGGUGCUCCCAGGCAGCACGCAAGUCCCUGUUCGGGCGUCGGCCCAGCUACCGCCACUCGCCCGGCUCGCUCGCCCUGCGCGAAAUCCGAAAGUACCAGAAGAGCACCGACACACUCAUCCCCAAGGCCACGUUCUCGAGGUUGACGCGGCAGCUCACCCUGGAGAUCAAGCCCGGCCACAGGUGGACCAAAACGGCGGUCGACGCCCUCCAGCAGGCCGCCGAGGCCUUUGUGGUCGGGGUGCUUGAGGAGGCCAACUUGGCCGCGGGUGGUAGUGAAUUGGUGGCGUAG